AUGGAGGACACGGUACUACAUGAGUCUAAAUUGCAACCUAUUAAUAAGUUUCAUGUCAUGAACAGCUUAAAAAGCUAUAAAAUAUUAAAGAAACUUGGCCAAGGAACAUUUGGUGUAGUCCAAAGAGCUAAGAACGUAAAGAAUGACGAAGAUGUUGCAUUAAAACAACUACUCAACCACUCUGCGAAGGAGGGAUUCCCGAUAACUGCAAUGCGUGAAAUCACAAUAUUAAAGCAUUUGCAUCAUAAGAACAUUUUAAAAAUAAUAGACAUGGUUUAUGAAGAGCCAAAAGUAUCCAACUCACAUGACUUAAUUCAUCAAAGAGGCUGUUUUUAUACAGUUUCACCUUACAUGGCAUCUGACCUUGUUGGGUUAUUGGAGAACCCACGAAUAGAAUUGCAGCUAGCUCAAAUAAAAUGCUUUAUGGUGCAAUUAUUACAUGGCAUAGAAUAUAUUCACAAACAGCAUGUUUUACACAGGGAUAUCAAGGCAGCAAAUAUUCUUAUUGAUUUCAGUGGGGUUCUCAAAAUUGGAGAUUUUGGUUUAGCUAGAAUGUAUCAUGGGUCUAUUCCAAGGUUGGGAAUGGGGCCUGGAGGUGGCGAGAGAGCAUACACGGGUUUAGUAGUAACAAGAUGGUAUAGACCACCUGAGUUAUUAUUGGGAGAAAGGAAGUACACUACUGCUGUCGAUAUGUGGGGAGUUGGCUGCGUUUUCGCGGAGCUUUUUACUUGUAAACCUAUCCUAGUUGGCCAAACUGAUUCACACCAAGCGCAGCUUGUUUUCAACUUAGUUGGUCCUCCCAAUAUUUGGGUUCACGCAUCUACUUUACCGAACAAGCUGGAUUUUAAUAUAGGGCUCACAUGUAAAAGGUCCCUAGAAGAACGGUUUAAAGGUAUAAUGCCACCCGAUGGAAUAAAUUUAUUAAGUGGGUUAUUGACACUCGAUCCUUACAAGCGGCUAAAUGCACUGGACGCAUUGCUUCACAGCUUCUUUCUGAACAAUCCUUUACCUUUAGAACCUCAAGAGCUUCCGAAAUUUGAAGAGAGUCAUGAAAUUGAUAAAGAUAAGUUCAAAAAAUUGAAAGAGAAAGUACAGAUACAUCAGUUGCCCAAAGGUCCAUCACAUGGACUUCAGCAACGAGAAAAAGCGUCAGCAAAUAAAGCAAAAGAUCCAUACGAUGAUUCCCACAUUGAUAGGUACGUACCCUUAUAUCACUCGGAAAAAUCGCUGCGUCUUUCUGGUGAAAGAGGAAGGUAUUCCAACUAUAGAUCACAUCGCGAGCCUCAUGAAUCAAAACGUGAGACUAUUACAUCAUAUCUGAAUCUAAGAGAUCGAUCCCCAAAUCGUGAUCCAGAGGUAUAUUCCAGAGCUGAUAAACCCAGCUCUACUAGAGAGCCUAAUUCUGGCAAAAAAGCCGAAUCCUCAAUCCAAAACAAAGGAUGUCAAGUUGAACCACAAAAGAGCCUGAUUUCUGUUGGUAAGGCACCUUCUAUUUUCAUGUCAUCUUCCAGGCAUAGGCGUUUUGCACCAUCGGCAUCAUCGAUCUCUUCAGACCCGCUAAAGGAUAAUGUUACAAAGAGAACGAAACAAAUGGAAAACAUGGGUGAAAGUGAUCUUACAGACUUUGAUGAAGACGUUGAAGAAUCUGACAACCUAAAUUCUUUUUUAAGCAAUUCAGGGAAGAAUAGCUAG